AUGAAUAAGAUCCUCGAUAUCAAUGCAGAGGAUUGUACAUGCCUGGUUGAGCCGGGAGUCACAUACUUUGCGCUGUAUGAAGAGGUCCAGAAUCGUGGACUCACGAAUCUUUGGGUGGACGUUCCUGAUAUUGGAGGUGGUUCUGUUCUGGGAAAUGCCAUGGAUCGAGGUGUCGGUUAUACUCCGUAUGGGGACCAUUGGAUGAUGCAUUCUGGCAUGGAAGUUGUCCUGCCGACGGGGGAGGUCAUCAGAACAGGAAUGGGAGCUCUUCCGGGAAAUAAUAGCUGGCAGCUUUUUCCGUACGGCUUUGGCCCGUUUCCCGAUGGGUUAUUCUCGCAGUCAAACAUGGGUAUUGUGACUAAGAUGGGAUUUGGGCUGAUGCCAAAUCCUGAAGGCUAUGAAAGCUAUCUCUAUACAUUCCCCAAAGAAGAAGACCUCUCUCAACUGGUAGAACUAAUCCGGCCUUUACGAAUCGCUAUGAUACUAGAAAAUGUCGCUCAGCUGCGCCAUAUUUCCAUGGCUGUUGGUGUACAAGGAAAGCCUCGAAGUGCCUACUACAACGGAAAGGGACGUGUGCCUGAAGAAAUCUACCACGACGCCGCAAAGAAGCUCUCCCAUGGUGACUGCACAUGGCUCUACUACGGAAUGGCCUAUGGACCGAAAGAGAUCCGCCAGUACAAGCUGGACAUUGUCCACAAGGAAUUCAUGAAAAUUCCCGGUGCUCGACUGAUUGACCCAAAGACUAUUCCAGCAGAGGACUACUUCUGGUCCCGCGACAGAAUUGCCAGAGGUACCCCGGACGUUCAAGAGCUACGCUGGGUCAACUGGCAUCCCAAUGGUGGACAUAUUGCAUUCAGUCCCGUGUCGCCGGUACGGGGAUCUGACGCAACGGUGUUAUGGGACAUUGCGAAAGAAUGCUGCGACGAGUAUGGACUGGACCUAUUCCCAACAUACAUUGUCGGACUGCGCGAAAUGCAUCUUAUUGUGGAAAUUGUGUUCAACCGUGAUGACACUAUUAUGCGAGACAAUGCACGGGCUGUUCUUCGGAAAUUGAUUGACCGAGCAGCUGAGAGAGGCUACGGGGAGUACAGAACGCAUCUUGCGUUCAUGGAUCAAAUUGCUGCUACUUACAACUGGAAUGAUGGGGCGCUAUUGAAAUUCCACGAGAAGAUCAAGGACUGUUUGGAUCCUAAUGGUAUUAUGGCACCUGGAAAAUCGGGUAUAUGGCCUGCACGGUAUCGAGGACGUGGGUGGGAGAUGACGGCUCAGGAUGAAGGAGUAGAGGGCCAGGGUGUGGCACCGAGUGCUGGUACUACGAAGUUGUGA